AUGAAAUUUCGGCAUUCCACGUACGCCACCGCCGCCAAGUGCUUUGAAUGUCGCGACCACCACGCAAACAACCAGCAACACACGCACCCCUCUCCGAGCCAAGACGCAUCGCGCGUCGCACGAGUUGCCUGCCAACCAUGCCAUUCUCCUGGAAGCGAGUGCAUGCGUGCAUACAACGCAAGGGAGGACGGAGAUGGCAACGUAGUGGCAUUGCCAGCACACUGGCACGGUUGGAGGGGUCAACGCUGCCCAUCUCCUGAGAAUCAACCACCGGUACGCACACGUUCGCCUCGCAUUCCACUGGUUUCAACCCUGCUCACUUCGCCACCAGCCACAUCUUUAAGCGCACACACAGGCACGCACGCAGUCGCUCACGCACAGUCUGCCCUUUCAUUCUCUGCUGCCACCCAUCUUCCCUGUUUCCCGUGCCAGCCAAAGAGGCUUGUGUUGGUGGUGUUGGUGGUGUGCCACAGGGGACCAGCCAUCUGCGCCUGCAUGAGAAGCAACGGAUUACGUACCACGCGCAUUCCAAGCCCGCAAUAGACUGCACCUUGCCCGUGCCUUGAUCGCGCCCUUCCUCGCGCCCUUCCACAUACACAUCCCCGUCUCCAUUUCCCGGCCUGCCACAUACACUCCCUCCCUCGCACUCCGUUGCCU